AUGGGUCUUACGGCGCUUCUUCUUUCAAGUGGGGCGGUCGCCGGGAUUGCCGCUACGAGCUCCGCUUCCCAAGGCGUCUGCUCGGCGCCAGCGGCGGGGUGGGGGAGCGGUGGCGGCCUCCUGAGAUUGGGCAGACCGGCGGCGGCACAGCCGGGGGGGGCUCUCUCGCUGGGGAACUCCCUUUACCGUUCCAACUCGGUAAGAGCGUACGUACCUAUGGCGGCAGUGGCGCCGCCCGCGGCGGCGCCGCCCGCGGCGGCGCCGCCGGUGGUGAGGAGCUCCCUCAUCGAGCCUGACGGGGGGACGCUGGUGGACCUGGUGGUGCCGCCAGCGGAGAGGGAGGCGAGGAGGGCCGAGGCGGCGGCACUGCCGAGAGUGAGGAUCGGAGAGAUUGACCUCGAGUGGGUGGACGUGAUCGGCAAUGGGUGGGCGAGCCCGCUCCGUGGGUUCAUGCGGGAGGAGGAGUACCUGCAGAGCCUGCAUUUCAACAGCCUCCGCCUGGAAGAUGGCUCCAUCGUCAACAUGUCCCUCCCCAUCGUUCUCGCCAUUGACGACGCAACCAAGGAGGCCAUCGGGGAGUCCCCCGACGUUGCGCUGGCCGGUCAGGGCGGCGACCUCGUCGCUAUUCUUCGGAGGUCCUCCUCUUCCCUUUCCGUUUCUUCCCCCGCUUGCCCAAGAUUUUUCGUAGAGAUUUGGACCGGGAAGGUUAUACAGCUCGUUUCAACAUCUACGUCGAAAUAUUUUUUUCUGCGGUGUUUUCCGAAUUUCAUCUGACACGUUCUUCUAUUCGCCUGGUAUCUACGGAAAAUAUUGUUUCUUUUUCGAUAAUUCUUUCCUUGUUAUUAGUAAUUCAGUUUCGCAGAAGAGUUGUAUGGAUUCAGGACAGAUACAGCACCAAUCACGUUCGUUCUCCCGGAGAAAACCCAACCCACAAUUUGGGCGAAAUGAAUCCCAAUGAUUAAGCAGGAAGCUCGCUUCCAAGAUGCCUGGAUAUGAGUUCAUAUGUCCGCACUUUCAGAUUCAUGCGCUAUAUCCGUGCCUAAGUUUGUCUGAAUCUUGCUCCAGACGUAUCUACUUCCUGUCGAGUCCAGCACUCUGUCCUCUUAAAAGUACUGUUCUAACUGGCUUCAGCGGAUCUUGAUUGGUGCCCUCAAAGCUCCGGAGGCCCUUGCAGUUAGUUGUCUGACGGCUGACGAUUCAGCUCGUUCGGACUUGGUCUGUUUAUAUUUUUCUCUCUGAUUGAAGGCUCCCUAGGAUCUUUCGUGCCUCUGAGUUAUUUCUCAUAGUGUUCUAAAACAUUAUAUCCUUGGAAAGAUCUGAUUUUCAUGAACAGCUUCAUCCUCGUGUACUGAUUCCAUGCCGAACAUAUUUCCUUCUCAGGGUUCAGAUAUUCAAGCACAACAAAGAGGAAAGAAUCGCAAGAACAUGGGGAACGACGGCCCCAGGACUACCUUAUGUUGAGAAGGCGAUCGACCCAGCUGGGGACUGGCUGAUCGGUGGGGACCUGGAAUUGCUGGAGCCAAUCAAGUACAACGACGGCCUCGACCACUACAGACUCACUCCAGCAGAGCUCCGAGCAGAGUUCGACAGGCGUGGAGCCGACGCAGUCUUUGCCUUUCAAUUGAGAAACCCUGUUCACAACGGCCACGCCUUGCUGAUGAAUGAUACCCGCAGACGCCUCCUGGAUCUGGGCUUCAAGAAUCCUCUCCUCCUCCUUCAUCCCUUGGGGGGUUUCACCAAACCGGACGACGUUCCCUUGGACGUUCGGAUGGAGCAGCACAAGAAGGUGAGUUUCAUUUCAAGAUUAAAUCUUUCGUUCCUUCCAUUAUCUUACUGAUCUAAUGACUGAUCUCAAACUUUACGUAGGUUCUUGAGGACGGGGUUCUUGACCCGGAGACAACGAUUGUGGCGAUAUUCCCCUCUCCAAUGCAUUAUGCCGGGCCGACGGAGGUCCAGUGGCACGCCAAGGCGCGCAUUAAUGCGGGCGCUAAUUUCUACAUCGUGGGGCGUGACCCCGCCGGAAUGGGCCAUCCCCUGGAGAAGAGAGAUUUAUAUGACCCCGACCAUGGGAAGAAGGUUCUGAGCAUGGCUCCAGGAUUGGAGAAGCUCAACAUCUUGCCCUUCAAGGUUCCUCCUCCUCUGCUGAACACUUUCUUUAUUUAUUUAUUUAUUAUUUUUGGGAGCGUUCCUUCAUUCCUUUGUUCCUCUUCUUUUCAGGUGGCGGCGUAUGACACGGAGCAGGGCAAGAUGGCGUUCUUCGAUCCUUCCCGGGCCAAGGAUUUCCUCUUCAUCUCGGGAACCAAGGUAAAGGGCUCCCUCCUCUCGUGCCGAAUUCUAAGUAAGAAGAUUCUCGAGUUUAAUUUUUUGCUGCUUUCGUGGUGGGUCAGAUGCGGGCCUACGCCAGAAGCGGAGAGAGCCCCCCCAGCGGGUUCAUGUGCCCAGGAGGGUGGGAGGUCCUGGUCAACUACUUCAAGAGCUUGCAGGCCAAAGAAGCCGAUCAGCAGCCUGCGCCCGUGGCCGUUUAA